AUGCGCAACGACUCGAUAAUGUUCCCGUAUAUACCCGACAUCGAGAAUCAUAUUCCGGUUAAGCUGAGAAUAGAGAAUAUUCUCGCUAUACAGAAUCUGUACGGGUCUCACGACGACGGAAACUAUCCGACGGCGACUCCCGCGUCCAUCGCGGCGCCCGCUACGACGAGCGCCGCGUCAAUCGACCCCGCGCGCGCGGAUCUCUGCGCUUUGCGGCGCGUGGACGCCGCGCUGAUAAUGAAUCACCGAUUGUACAUAGCUAAUCGCCGCAAUGUAUGGUCGAUCAACGUGACCGAGAGACGCUACGGUAGGCCCAUGACGCUCACGGAUUACGCGACGUUUCUCCCGGCGAAUUUCACGCGCCUAUCCGCCGCGUAUCGAAGACCCUCGGGCGAUUUCGCGCUAUUCGCGGACGAUUCGAUCUACCUCGCGGAAUAUCUCAGCCUUAAGCUAAAAUCGGGUUGGCCGAGAUAUCUCCACGAUAUCGGACUUCCCCGAAACGUUAAGAUUAACGCUGCGAUAAACACGCACACGGGACGAACCUACGCGAUCUACGACGACGACAAGGUAGCGCAGAUUGAAUAA